AUGUCCGACCGAGCAAUAACCAUAGUGGAGGAGGCCCCGUCUCGCGAUGAGUAUGAACAACGAAGCGGCAACCUGGAAAGGAAUCUCGACCUCGCAAGGAAGAACAUCGAAGAUAUACAAAAGACCAUUAUUGAAGUUGAGAAGGAGAUAGAUAUUCUCUGUGGUACGAAGGAAAAUCUAGACAAGGAAAACAAGAAACUCAAACUUGUCAUCAAGAAAUCAAAAAGAGAAGGAGCAUCACACAAGGCGUUGAAGAGUGGGAGGAGAAGGUUGGAAAGUGGUAAAACCAAGAGUUUCGAUAGCGGAGAGUUGCUAAACAAGCUGGAGGGCGAAAGGGAAGAGCUUAUAAUGAACAAGAUGGCUUGGGAAGAUUGGAAAGAAGAUCUUGAGAAGGAGCGUCGUCGGAGAAUGGAGUAUGAGGCCUGGAUGAGGGAGGAAGAGAGGCGGAAGUAUGAGGACUGGAAGAAGAGUAGAUAUCGUCCAGUGAGCACUAUCUUUGGCUCUGAAAAGGCCACAAGAGCUGAAGCAUUCGGCACUGAUACGACAGAAAUAUGCUCAGUGAAACAGAAAAGCAUGACUGUGAUCAGUUACAAACGACACAAGAAUAGCCUGAAUACGACUGCACCUACGGAUAUGGUGGCAUAUGAACACAAGACUGAACCUCAGGAUGAGCCAAACGACGUCCCACCAGAGGUUACGGCCAGAGAUACACCUCAAAUCAUACCCCAGGACGUGCCGGAGAAUGUGCAGGUGCACGAUCAACCUAGACCUGACAAGGGAACAUCUCGGGAGAGCGUUUCUCAAGAGCAAGUAUAUGGAAACAACAUACCCUUGGUAGAUGAACCAGUUAGACAAACUGGUAGUAGGUUCACAUUGAGGAGAACUCACCCAGUAGAUGCUCACGGGAGAAAGAGCCCCGGAGAAAGGGAUCUGACAGGGGAGACACUCACGGAGGAGAGUCUCACAGAAGGGAAUCUCAUAGAACAUACUCGCGCAAAACUGAAACUCACAGAUCAGAGUCUCACAAAAAAGACUCUCAUAGGUCUGACCCUCACAGGAAGGACUCUCAUGGAAGAGGCUCACACAAGUCAUCAAAGAUGGAGGAACACUCCUUAUGUGAGAAAUCCGCUUCAAACAAAGAGGAAAGGAAAUUGA